CUAUGUAAUAUAUCAAAGUCUUAAAACUGUUCCACAAUCCAGUUAAGUAAUAAAUCCUGAACGUAAAAUAUCAUUUAUACUUUGAUUUGAACAAUAUAGUAAAUAAUUAUUAAGUAAUUAAUUUUUAAUAUGUAUUUAUAAAAAUAUUUAUAAAAAUUGUUGUGUAAAUAAUAUAUUAUAAUUAUUAUGUCUGAUCCAGCGGAUACAUCAAAUAUCUCAUAUUUACGACUUUAGCCUUAUUCUGAACAUUAUUUCAUUAAGAUCUUAACCACGUGUGGUUUAAUUUGCAAUGUCAAAUUUACGAUCACUGAUUGUAUCAGUAUUGGCUGCUGUAGGAACUAUAGCUGUAAUUGGAUUAGCAGUCAAAUUUUACAAAUGUUGGAAUAGUGAUAAAAAAAAGAAAUCUCCUAUUUUAUUGGUUGAUCCAGUAGUUAAAUAUAGUUUACCAUUAAUAAAAAAGGAUAUAUUAAGUCAUGAUACAAGAAAAUUUAGAUUUGCAUUGCCAACAUCAGAUCAUAUAUUGGGAUUACCAAUUGGUCAACAUGUACAUUUAACUGUAAAGAUUGGAGAUGAAGUUGUUAUACGGUCUUAUACACCAGUAUCGAGUGAUGAUGAUCAUGGUUAUGUAGAUCUUGUUAUUAAAGUAUAUUUUAAAAAUGUACAUCCAAAAUUCCCUGAAGGAGGAAAAAUGUCCCAAUAUUUAGAAGAUUUGAAAAUUGGGGAGACAGUUGAUUUUAGAGGACCUUCUGGUCGACUUAUUUAUAAAGGUCAUGGAAAUUUUUCUGUAAAAAUUUUAAGAAAAGAUCCACCUACAGAAUAUAAUGUUAAAAAAAUUGUGAUGCUAGCUGGUGGAACAGGAAUCACACCAAUGCUUCAAUUAAUUCGUGCUAUAAUAAAGGAUUCUACUGAUGAAACUCAAACUUCCUUACUUUUUGCCAAUCAAACAGAAAAAGACAUAUUACUUCGAGAUGAAUUGGAUGAUAUUGCAAAGAAUCAUCCUAACAAAUUGAAACUUUGGUAUACAUUAGAUACUAGUAGUGAAAAUUGGCAAUAUAGUACAGGUCAUAUAAAUGCAGAUAUGAUAAAAGAUCACAUGUUCCCUCCAUCAUCUGAUACAAUGGUACUUAUGUGUGGUCCACCUCCGAUGAUCAAUUUUGCUUGUAAUCCUAAUCUUGAUAAACUUGGUUAUGAUCCAAAAUUAAGAUUUGCAUAUUAAAGUAGAGAAAUAUUCUAUUUAAAUUUUUUCAUUCAAAUAAAUUUAAUGAUAAUUUUAAUAUCUUUAAAAAUAUAUUUCGUCAUUUUAUAGCAUUGAUUAAUAUAGAUAUAUGAUGUAAGUUUAAUAUUUAAAAAUAGAUAGUGACAUAAAUUCACAAUGAUAUAAUUUACAUAAUCACAUGUUAUCAAUAUAUGAAAAAUAUACUAAAAAUAUUUACGGAUCUCAGAUUUCUCUUUAUUCUUUGAAAUAAAAACAAAAAAUACGAUAUUACAUUAUUAUUGUAAAUUUUAUGUUUAAUUUGAAUGAUAUUAUUAAAGAUUUAAUUGAAAUUUUUGAUCUUAUAACAAGUUUAAUUUUUAAUGCAGAACUUUAGUAAAUAAAAUUACUGAUUUAAGAUAUCAAGCAUUUAUUGAUGUUAAAUCUGUUAUAUUGUUAUAAAAAAUGAUGAUUAUAAAA